UGUGACGUGAUCUCAGAGCAGUGUGAUGGAUCAUAUUUCCCUUUAAAAUGAGACACAGCUGACAAAGCUCCGCCCCUUUAUGACAUCACCUGAGACCAACCAGGAAACAGGUUGUUCCUGUUCAGUUCUCACUGAGGAGAGACACACAGACAGACAGACAGACAGACAGACAGACAGACGCUGCACUCAGAGACGAAAUGGCUUCCAGAUUAGAGGAGGAUCUCUGCUGUCCGGUCUGUCAUGAGGUCUUUAGAGAUCCUGUUGUUCUGUCAUGCAGCCACAGCUUCUGUAAAGACUGUCUGAAGAGCUGGUGGAAGGAGAAACAAACAUGUGAGUGUCCAGUUUGUAAGAGAUCUUCGAAGGAUCCACCACCUUUAAACCGGGCUUUAAAGAACCUGUGUGAGAGUUUCUUACAGGAGAGAGAUCAGAGAUCUUCAGAGGCUCUCUGCAGUCUGCACUCUGAGAAACUCAAACUCUUCUGUCUGGACCAUCAGCAGCCAGUGUGUGUCGUCUGCAGAGAUUCAGAAAAACACACCAACCACAGAUUCAGACCCAUCAAUGAAGCUGCACGACAACACAAGAAUAAACUUCAGGAAACUCUGGAGCCUUUAAAGGAGAAGUUAAAGGUUUCUGAAGGAGUUAAAGUGAAGUUUGAUCAAACAGCAGAACACAUGAAGGUCCAGGCCCAACGCACAGAGAGGCUGAUUAAGGAGCAGUUUAAGAAGCUUCACCAGUUCCUAGAAGAGGAAGAGGAGGCCAGGCUGGCUGCACUGAGGGAGGAAGAGGAGCAGAAGAGUCAGAUGAUGAAGGAGAAGAUGGAGGCUCUGAACAGAGAGAUAGCAGCUCUUUCAGACACAGUCAGAGCCACAGAGGAGGAGCUGAGAGCUGAAGACGUCUCAUUCCUGAACAACUACAAGGCUGCAGUGGAAAGAGUCCAGCAGCGCCCCCUGCUGGAGGAUCCACAGCUGCCCUCAGGAGCUCUGAUAGACGAGGCCAAACACCUGGGCAAUCUGACCUUCAACAUCUGGAACAAGAUGAAGGACAUGGUCUCCUACACUCCUGUGAUUCUGGAUCCAAACACUGCUGGUCCAGAACUCAUCCUGUCUGAAGAUCUGACCUCUGUGAGAGAAGGAGAGACACAGCAGCUUCCUGACAAUCCAGAGAGGAUAGUUUAUUACUUCUCUGUUCUGGGCUCUAAGGGCUUUAACUCAGGGACUCACAGCUGGGAUGUCGAGGUUGGAAAAAAAUUGAAGGUUUAUCAGUCAGAGAGGUUAUGGCUCAACCAUUUUCCCAGCAUCCCCUGGGAGUCUGACCUUUAA